UCUUCUUCUUCUUGGUUCAAUUUGAAGUUGUACAUAUGGCCAAAGACGGACCCAACUGGGAAGGAUUGCUAAAGUGGAGUCUCGCUCACUCCGAUGGGACUGGUUCCAAUCGUAAUCUCAGUGAAGAGGAUAGAAGAUGGUUUAUGGAAGCUAUGCAAGCGCAGACUGUUGAUGUCAUCAAACGCAUGAAGGAGAUAACUCUCGUCAUGCAAACCCCAGAGCAAGUCUUGGAGGCUCAGGGAAUUGCUCCUGCUGAUAUUGAAGAUAUGUUGGAUGAACUGCAAGAGCAUGUUGAAUCUAUUGACAUGGCAAAUGAUCUAGACUCAAUUGGAGGUUUGGUCCCGCUCCUUGCUUAUCUAAAGAACUCUCAUGCCAACAUUCGGGCAAAGGCUGCUGAGGUUGUAACCACCAUUGUACAGAACAAUCCUCGGAGUCAACAAUUGGUUACGGAAGCAAAUGGCUUAGAACUUCUUCUUUCUAAUUUCACAUCAGACCCAGAUUUGACUGUUCGAACCAAAGCACUUGGUGCAAUAUCCUCUUUAAUUCGGCACAACAAGCCAGGUAUUACUGCAUUUCGUCUGGCAAAUGGUUACGCGGGCUUGAGAGAUGCUUUGGGUUCUGGGAGUGUGAGAUUUCAAAGGAAGGCUCUCAAUUUGAUCCAUUACCUACUGCAUGAGAAUAGUUUGGAUUGCAGUGUAGUGAGUGAGCUAGGAUUCCCGCGCAUAUUGUUGCACCUUGCAUCAAGUGAAGAUGCUGAAGUACGAGAGGCUGCCCUUCGGGGCCUUCUUGAGCUUGCUCAAGACAGGAGAGGUGAGAAUAGUGGCAGGUUAGGGGAAGAAGAUGAGAAAUUGAAGCAACUCCUUGAAGAACGGAUUAAGAGUAUCAGCUUGAUGUCGUCUGGAGAUCUCGAGGCAGCUAGAGAGGAGAGGCAACUGGUAGACUCACUCUGGAAUGCCCACUACAACGAACCAUCAUCUCUACGUGAGAAGGGGCAUCUUGUUCUCCCUGGAGAAGAUUCCUUACCACCUGAUGUUGCCAGCAAGCAUUUUGAACCUCCACUCAGAGCCUGGGCCGCAAAUAGGUCGACAGAUAACAAUUCCAGUACUGAAAAGAAGCAAACUCCUUUAUUAUUAGGAUUGGGUCCUCCACCAGAGGCUGCAAAUGCCCAAGGAACUUCAAGCGCCAGAGUAAAUAUUGAUAAGCAGAACAGUGCCUCAUGAUAAAUCACUGAUGUAGCACAGACGUUUUAUCAUUGUUGAAGCAGGUCAUGUAUUUCCAAGUUAUCUUGUACUGUAUUUGCCCUCAUGGUUUUAAUUACCUUAAAAAAAAUUCAAAUGUAUUUUAGUUGCUGAAUAA